CCGGCGGAGCCGCGGGGCCGGGGGCCGGGCGGGGCGCACGGGAGGUAGCGCAGAGCGGAGCAGAAGUGCUGCGGAUCGGGCGGACAUGGAGGGAACCCGGCAGAGCAGGAUCUGCCGCCCGCACAAGAUAAGUGAAUCCUCGAAGGUGUACAGGUGGGAUGACCACUCCAGUCUAGUUCUGCAGAGCCUGAACGAGCAGAGGCACCGAGGCCUCUUCUGUGACAUCGUGCUGGUGGUGGACGAGCAGAGAGUCCCAGCCCACCGGAACCUCCUGGCCGUGUGCAGUGACUACUUCAACUCCAUGUUCACCAUCGGCAUGAGGGAGGCCCACCAGAAGGAGGUGGAGCUUUUCGGAGCCUCCUACAUCGGUCUCAAGGCCGUGGUGGAUUUCCUGUACGGCAGCGAGCUGUCUCUGGACGGAGGCAACAUCGACUACGUGCUGGAGACAGCUCACCUGCUGCAGAUCUGGAAGGUGGUGGACUUCUGCUGCGAGUACCUGGAGAACGAAGUCAGCGAGGAGAAUUACCUGUACCUGCAGGAGCUGGCCUCCAUCUACAACCUGAAGCGCCUUGACUCCUACAUCGACUCCUUCAUCCUGCAGAACUUCGGCACGCUGUCCUUCACCCCGGACUUCCUGCAGAACAUUUCCUUGCAGAAGCUGUGCCAGUACCUGGACAGCAGCGACGUGCAGCAGGAGUGUGAGCACGACCUGCUGCAGGCUGCCCUGCAGUGGCUCACGCAGUACCCGGAGCGGGAGAACGAGGCUUACCAGGUGCUGGACAACAUCCACUUCCCCCUGAUCCCCAAGAGCGACCUCCUGCACCGAGUGAAGCCUGCGGUGUGCUCGCUGCUGCCCAAGGAAGCCAACUGCGAGGGUUUCAUCGAGGAGGCAGUGAACUACCACAACAGUGUGACAGCACAGCCCGUGCUGCAGACCAAGCGCACGGCCCUGCGCACCUGCGAGGAGCGGCUGCUCUUCGUGGGCGGGGAGGUGUCGGAGCGCUGCCUGGAGCUCUGUGAUGACACCUGCUUCCUGGACACCAGGAAGGGACAGUGGGUGGCAGAAACCCCUCUGCCAGCCCGGAGGAGUCACCACUGUGUCGCGGUCUUGGGAGGCUUCAUCUUCAUAGCCGGGGGCAGCUUUUCCCGGGACAAUGGAGGGGAUGCGGCAUCAAAUCUCCUAUAUAGGUAUGAUCCCCGCUGUAACCAGUGGAUAAAGGUUGCCUCCAUGAGACAACGGCGAGUAGAUUUCUACCUGGGAGCCAUCACUGACAUGCUGGUGGCUGUUGGUGGCAGGAAUGAAAAUGGGGCCCUGUCUUCUGUUGAGACCUACAGCCCUCAGAAGGACUCCUGGAGCUACAUAGCAGGACUGCCCAGGUUUACCUACGGCCACGCUGGCACGGUCUACAAGGAAUUCGUGUACAUUUCGGGAGGCCACGAUUACCAGAUCGGCCCCUACAGAAAGAACCUGCUGUGCUACGAUCACCGCACGGACGUGUGGGAGGAGAAGAGGCCCAUGAUCACUGCCAGGGGCUGGCACAGCAUGUGCACCCUGCAGGACAGCAUCUACUCCAUCGGCGGCAGCGACGACAACAUCGAGACCAUGGCUCGGUUUGACAUCCUCAGCGUGGAGUCCUACAGCCCCCAGUGCAACCAGUGGACCAGAGUGGCCCCUCUGCUACAAGCCAACAGCGAGUCGGGGGUGGCAGUUUGGGAAGGCAAGAUUUACAUCCUCGGAGGUUACAGCUGGGAGGAAGCUGUCUUCUCCAAAACAGUCCAGGUCUACGAUAAGGAGAAAAAUAAGUGGUGCAAAGGAACGGACUUGCCCAAAGCGAUUGCCGGAGUGUCCGCUUGUGUCUGCGCCCUGAAACCCAAAACAGAGGACAAAAAGAAAAAGAUAAAAACAAAAAAACAUCAGGAUCGAGGAAGAUGACCACUCCUGGAUAGCCACCCUUGGAUGGUGGACUCCACAGGGACCUUGUAUUUAGACAUUUCUAUCUAACCUUUAUUCUUUUUCUUUUUAAACAGGGUGGGGAGGGCAUCUUCUGAAGCCUCAGAAAAUGCGCACUUGAAUGUGGUUUUUGGAUUAAACUCACGUUUAAGAAGCUGCUGCUCUGUGCUCGUGACCC